AUGCCUCGCUCUAGGCCCGCGACGACGGGCUAUGAGCGCCUCGCUCAAGCCGACGCGCUCUCCUCCGACUCGGAAGACGACGACCCCUUGACCCAGUCCUACGCCUCCCUCCAGCCGCCGGCCGCCCCUCGCUUUGCCCCCAUCACCCAGCCGCGUCCCCGCUCGGGCAUGACGACCCCGAAACCCAUAUCCAUAACCGCCUCCGGCCCCUCUGCCAGGCCGAGAAACCGUCGCCGCGGCGGGAGCAACUCCGGCGUUGAUCUCAAGGCCAUCAACGCCCGCCUCGAGCGCUGGGCCGACGAAAUCGCCAGUCGCUUCAAGCGCACCAAACGCGGCAAGGUCGGCGAGGAAGAGCGCCUCGAGAUCCACCACUCCGUCUUCCAGGCCCCCGAGGGCGUCAGGCCCAUCACACCGGAAGGUCUGGCCGUCGUGCAAGAUGUCAUGACCAAGUUCGAGUUCGAGGAGAUUCUCGGGAGCGUGAAGCAAGCUAUUCUCCAGGGCACGCACCCGCGCAUGAUCUCUCAGGGUAGCUCAGGCAGUUACUUUGCUCGGAAUACCGAGGGCAAGGUCGUCGGGGUGUUCAAGCCAAAGGACGAAGAGCCGUACGCAGCGGGCAACCCCAAGUGGAACAAGUGGAUUCACAGAAAUCUGUUCCCGUGCUGCUUCGGGCGAGCAUGCCUCAUUCCGAACCUCUCAUAUGUCAGCGAAGCGGCUGCGUAUACCCUCGACUGUCAACUUCGCACGCACAUGGUCCCGUACACGGACGUUGUAUGGCUCUCCUCAAAAUCUUUCCACUACCCGUUCUGGGACCGUCGCAACUACUAUCGGAAACAGAAGCCCCUUCCAGAAAAGCCGGGAAGCUUCCAGGUGUUCCUCAAAGGCUUCAAGGACGCCAACGUGUUCCUGCGAGAGCACCCUUGGCCAGACCAGUACUGGUCCGGUUUCAGGGCGAAUGAUCCGCACCGCAAGCGCAGGAGGAGGUGGGCGGACAACUGCCGCCCCAGCAGCGGCGCUGCGUUGGAUGACAUUGAAAGUGACGACGAAAGCAGGCCGGACGAACUACCUCUCGGGCCCGAUAAUUUCGUGUGGACCGAAACGCUGAAACAGUCGUUCCGGGAAGAACUGGAGAAGCUCGUCAUUUUGGAUUACAUCAUGCGAAACACUGAUCGAGGUCUGGACAACUGGAUGAUCAAGGUGGACUGGAACACGCAACAAGUAUCAAUCGCCUCGGAGCCGCUUCAGAUGCACAUGGAGACGGCCCCGUCCGCGGAGGAAGAAGGCCCACGGCCGGUCGACCUGAGCCAGCGACCAUCGCCCAAUCGCUCCUCGUACCCCUAUAAGACGCAGCAGCCCAUGCAGGCGUCGAGCCCCUUGCCCAGAACGCAAGACCCUAAGAUUAUGAUCGGUGCCAUCGACAACUCACUCUCCUGGCCCUGGAAGCAUCCAGACGCAUGGCGAAGCUUCCCCUUCGGAUGGCUCUUUCUGCCGGUCGACCUCAUUGGCCGGCCAUUCUCGCAAAAGACACGGGAUCAUUUCCUCCCUCUUCUGACGUCGACGCACUGGUGGAGCCAGACGCAAUUGGCGCUGAGGAAGGUGUUCCAAUUGGAUCCCGAUUUCCAGGAAAAGAUGUUUGCGCGGCAGAUCGCCGUCAUGAAGGGGCAGGCGUGGAAUGUCGUCGAGACGCUCAAGACGCCGGACCACGGUCCACUGGAGCUCACCCGCCGCGCCAAGGUGUGCGUGUGGGACGACCUCGUCGACGUGCCCGUCGCCGUGCCCAUGCGGGUGGCCUCUGCUGAGAUGAUGCGUCACGAGGCAGAGCUUCGCCGUUCCAUUGACGAAGGGGACAUUGGCGAGGCCAACGCGUCCAACGCACCUGCACCUGCACACCGCACCGACGAGGAUCUGCUCGGCUUCGCCAGCCCGCCGGCCGACAUGCCUCACCCGGGUAGGUUCGAGAUAGCAAUGAGUCCGACGGGCGAGGGCGCCCAGUCUCCCGACGAGAUGUCCAUGAACGGCUCCGGUAUCUUGGCGUCGUCCGCGCCCCUGGGUAAGGAACCGACGGCGCAACGACCCAAGUUUUCAGGCCAGGCACACCGCGAGAGCUAUCACGGAUCCCGCGCGCUUAACAUGUAUUCUCCCGCCCGCCAGCAGCAGUCACAGCAGCGACGGUACUCGUUUGCGACGGCGGCGGGACGGCGCAACAGCAGCAGCAUCGCGCAGCAGCUGUACGGGGCGCGACCGAGUCACGAAUACGACGAACACGACCUUGAAGACGGCGAUUUGGGUUACGCUGCGGCGGAGGGGAUGGAGGGCAACCAACGCAAGGUUAUUGUGGAGAGGCUGGAGCCUGUGAAAGCCAGGAACCCGGUUUUCACCUGCUGGUGA